AUGCCGGACAAGUCGUACAAGAUCACCAGCACUGGCCAAAACGACCAGGGCAACCACUACUGCCACCGUGAUUUCGGUGAUAGUGCCCCAAACCAGAAUAGCUACCACUAUUCCAACCAGGACGGCUCUUACUACUACUCCAACUCCAAUGGCAGCAAGUACUACAAUGACGGCCAGGGCAGCUCGAAGUACACCGCUCCCUCGGGCUCGGGCUCGGGCUCGGGCACCUCGUCCGAGAAGAAGUGA